AUGACGCGAUGGCGGGGCCCAGAAUCCCUUCUUUACCCUCCACGGCCGAUACACUUGGCCCAGGCAGUCCAAACAGACCAGACAGACCAGACAGACCAGGCAGCCCAUGGCUCUCGCGAUUGGGACGAGUGGAGACUCCAUAAUGCAUUCCGGUCGACUGGCCCCAUCAGCCCGUGCUCCACCCUGGGGUAUGGGCUGGUCCUGGGUUCUGGGUUCGGAGGUUUGGGUUGCACGGUGCUCGCCAAAGGACGGGAUCUGCUGGCGCAGCAGCAGGAAGAGGAGAAGGAGGGAUAG